AACCAAAGGAUCGAACCGGAACACAGAUGCUGCGAGGGAAUCCGAAAAGGUCGGAAAUCGAAGAGACCGAAAGGGAAAAGGAGACCGAGGGGAAGCAGAGGAGGCCGAAAUGUGCAAGAUGCAGAAAUCACGGACUUAUAUCUUGGCUGAGAGGACACAAAAAGGAGUGUCGAUACAGGGAAUGUCUCUGCCCGAAAUGUUCCUUGAUCGCCGAAAGGCAAAGAGUCAUGGCUGCUCAGGUGGCCCUGAAAAGGCAACAAGCCGCCGAGGACGCGAUAGCUCUGAGCAUGGCGAAGGUGGCGACCGGUCGGAAGCUGACGAGGCUUCCUCCGGGGAAGAUUUUUGGAAUGGCCGUCACCGAGCCUGAUCGUCCAAGUAGAUCGGAGUCCGUUGAUGAAACUACCCAGGACCCGGAAGGCAACUCGAAAACCCCCCCGACCGAGUCGUUUGGAAAAGAGUCCUUCGGCAAGGACUCGGAGGAAAACGAACCGUCUUCAGCGCAAAGAUUCUCUCGGAGUUUGCAGGCUGGAGACUCGUCCGGGUUCUUCUCGUCAAGGAGCAUCCUCUCCGGAGGGAUUCGGAGCAGUGGAGAGGCCUCGAAGAACUCCUCUAAGGACCCCUCCAAGGAAUCUGGGAGACCGAUCCCUCAGGCAUCCGUCGACACCCUGGCAAGGCUAUUUCCUGGCACGAGGCCGUCGGUGCUCCAGCUGGUGCUCCAACGAUGUGGCCAGGACCUCCUGAAGGCCGUCGAGUACUUCGCCAGCGAGAGUAUCCUGGAGAACGGCAUCGAGACUUCCAAUAAUCCUGGCUCGGCGUUUCGUCCUCCGAGAGUUGACGACCGAUCGUCCAACUCUUCCGGUUCCCUUCCGCCUCCACCUGUAUGCGCCAACCUGUCCAGAACACUGUACGCGGAUGCUAGGUAUCGGCUCUCCGAAGUCCUGCCAGGAGGACCCUUACCAAGGACGAAAAGCGACGAGCCGGAGGUCCUUGCAUAUGGAACGAGAUUCGGUAGCUACUUCGAACCAGGAGAACUGCAUACCAGGGCAGAGAGAGAUCAUUUGCGUGCCAGGAUCGCCAGCCAAGGGUAUUCGGCGAUGAUGCACCUGCCACCCAUGGUGCCCUUCAUGCCAGGAUUACCUGGAUUACCUGGGCUGCCAGGCAUUUCCGGGAUCCCAGGAAUCCCCUGCGUUCAGCCGAACUGUGCGCAGUGCUGCAAGUUCCUCUGA